AUGGGGUCCAUGGCCCAGAAGGUGAAAUGGAGCUGGAGCUCGGCCUUAAUCGGAGCAGCAUCAGCCGCAGCGGCAACAUCUAUCCUAAGCGCAAAGCCAAAGGAUCCAACGUUCCACCUCAUCUCCAUAGACCUGACCUCACUGAAACUCAACCUCCCUGUCCUCGACGCAGAGUUAAUGCUAACCGUACACGUCACCAAUCCCAACAUCGCACCCAUCCAUUACUCCUCCACCACUAUGUCGAUCCUCUACGACGGCACGGUCCUUGGCACGGCGGAGGUGAAGGCUGGUUCGCAGCCGGCGAGAUCUUGCCAGCUUCUCCGGUUACCGGCGCGUCUCGACGGGAUGGAGCUUGCGCAACACGCGCGAAGGUUCUUUGCUGACGUGGCGAAGAGGGAGAUGAAACUGCAGGCUAAGCUUGACAUUCAUGGAGCGGCUAAGGUUAUGUGGUGGGACCAUAGUUUUAAGGUGCAUGUUGAUAGCUUUGUUACCGUUGAUCCUGUCUUUCUUGAUGUUAUUGGUCAAGAGAACAGAUCGCAGAUGGAUUUGUUUCUUGCUUAA